AACUCAUUAUAAGAGUCAGUAAACCCUGUGGAAAAUGGCCUUCAAUGAUCUUACAUCGAGGACUGUGCGUCUCUACGAUAAUUGGAUCAAAGAUGCUGAUCCGAGAGUUGAAGACUGGCUCCUCAUGUCCUCGCCUCUUCCACAAACCAUCAUCCUUGGACUCUAUGUCUAUUUUGUCACUUCUCUGGGACCAAAGCUCAUGGAGAACCGAAAGCCCUUUGAACUCAAGAGAGCGAUGAUAACGUACAAUUUUUUCAUAGUACUUUUUUCUGUGUAUAUGUGUUAUGAGUUUGUGAUGUCUGGCUGGGGCACAGGUUAUUCAUUUCGAUGUGAAAUUGUUGACUAUUCACAGUCACCACCUGCUUUGAGGAUGGCACGCACCUGCUGGCUUUAUUACUUCUCCAAAUUUAUUGAGUUAUUAGAUACUAUCUUUUUUGUUCUGCGUAAGAAAAAUAAGCAAGUUACUUUCCUGCAUGUCUUCCAUCACACCAUCAUGCCAUGGACCUGGUGGUUUGGAGUCAAAUUUGCUGCAGGGGGUUUGGGGACAUUCCAUGCCUUUCUAAAUACAGCUGUACAUGUGGUCAUGUAUUCCUACUAUGGACUGUGUGCAUUGGGACCAGACUACCAGAAGUAUUUGUGGUGGAAAAAAUAUUUGACAUCAUUACAACUUGUCCAGUUUGUUAUUGUCACCAUCCACAUAGGCCAGUUCUUUUUCAUGGAAGAUUGCAAGUACCAGUUUCCAGUCUUUCUGUAUAUCAUUAUGAGCUAUGGGUGCAUCUUUUUGCUGCUCUUUCUCCAUUUCUGGUACCGUGCUUACACCAAAGGUCAAAGGCUGCCCAAAACUGUGGAAAAUGGAAUCUACAAAAACAAAGAUCACUGAAAUAUAAGCGCCGCAUCUAUGGAUCUGUGACUGAGACUGAGAUCUGAUCUUCCUUGACAAUCGACAAAUAUCUACAUGUGCAAUGCGUUUUGUGUAUUUUUCAAAACCAAGAGCUUGUAUUUUUAUGAUAAGUUAUUGAGGUUUCUGAUAUUUGAGAGCCCAAAGCUCCCAGGUAACUGAGUUUUCUGAUAAUUAGCACCCAGAGCAGCCAGAGGUUUUUCAGCUGCUUUUAAACAUAAUCUAAAGGUUUUGUUUAAUACAUUUUGUUACAGUGAAAGGAGGAUGUGAAACAGUACAGUGCUCUUCAAAGAAGUCCAGCAUAGAUGAAAAA